AUGAAGACGACUAAGCACAUAUAUCUCCUGGACACACAGGGCGACGCAAAUUGGUUGUCAACGCUGACCAGACGCGAAAUGCCAUUCCGGUGCUUCCAGCCUUUGUGA